GCUUUGGUCCACCUGCCAGCCGAGUUUAAAGUUUCCGAGGCGGCUCGGAGGAACACAAUGACUUGGAUGGUACAGCCUAAAUGGGAAGGACACUGCUGCCGCAACCAGGAAGCCCUUGAACCCCAGCUAAGCUAGCCAUCUCUUUCUUUUUUUAAUGCAUCCGUUCCGGAGACAAACACGACGUACCCACUUGUUUCGUUGACCAAAGAUUUUUUUUUCCCCCCGAACGUCCAAGAUAGCCUGAUUCUUCAAGACCUAUGGCUGGAAAAUGAAACGACCCGGGAGUGCGGCCGCCUCGUUUUUCCUUGCGGUGUAAUACGUGAUGGGCACUGUGAACAGCCAGGGAUAUGAAUGGACAGUUUGAAAUGGGAAUUUUCCUCCAUCGAGCAGGUUCCAUUUCCUCCUUGUGCCGCUCGGUAUAACGUACUAUCUUUUGCCCGUCUUCUCUGCAGUAUCAAUUAACUGAACUUGGCGGUGGAGUGGCCAGAGAGAAAGGAAUGAAGUGAUCUGGCUAAUCUCGCUGGCUGCGAAGCGGUAGAGCCUGCAACUGCGGCCGGGUGCAGAUCUGCCGGCUGCGCCGGGGGCAUGGAACGCACGGACGCCCGCGGGGACCCAGGCCCGGCCCAGGGAGCCCGGUGCUGAGCUCCCGAGCCCGCCAGGCCUCGCCUCCUUGCCUCUACUCGCAGUGUCGCCCCUCGCAAAGAGUCAUGGAAGACGGCCCGCUGCCAGACCUCAGAGACAUCGAGCUGAAGCUGGGGCGCAAAGUACCCGAGAGCCUAGCGCGCUCCCUGCGUGGGGAGGAGCUGGCGCCCCGCGAAGGGGCUACGGACCCCAGCGGGGUUGGUGGGAGCUGCAGCAGCAGCAGCAGCUGCAGCAGCUUCGCGCCCUCCGUGUCCUCCUCCUCUUCAUCCUCCCCUGCCUCUGGCUCUCCACGACGUAGCCACCCCAGCGCCCUGGAGAGGUUAGAAACCAAACUGCACAUCCUCAGGCAGGAGAUGGUUAACCUCAGAGCCACUGAUGUAAAGCUCAUGCGCCAGUUGCUCCUCAUCAAUGAGAGCAUCGAGUCCAUCAAGUGGAUGAUUGAGGAAAAAGCCACCAUCACCAGCCGAGGCAGCAGUCUCAGUGGCAGCCUGUGUAGUCUGCUAGAGAGCCAGAGCACCUCCUUACGUGGCAGCUACAACAGCCUCCAUGACGGUAGUGAUGGGCUGGAUGGCAUCUCAGUAGGGAGCUACCUGGACACUUUGGCAGAUGAUGUACCAGGCCAUCAGACCCCUUCGGACUUAGAUCAGUUCAGUGAUAGCUCCAUCAUAGAGGACUCACAGGCUCUGCACAAGCAUCCCAAGUUGGAUUCUGAAUACUACUGCUUUGGCUAAUGAUCUAGUUUUUUUGCAUGGGACUGGUGUGCAAUUACCUUGUAUGUAUCCUUCUUCUCUGCUGCUAUAUUUUUGGUGUGAUUUAUUUUAAUAAGGCAACCUUUUUAAAGAAGCUUAUUUUUAAACUGCUUAAUGGUAUUUCUGUUGCUCCUAAUAUUUCUCAUCUAGACUGAUUUAUUUUUCUCUGUUACAACUCUAUUUUUAUUUAUUGUAAUAAUUUUCUCCCUUCUCUUACAGUAGCACAGACAAAGUAGAGGGGAAAGAACAAGCAAUAAUUGUUUCUGCUUUUGUUUCAGAGCGAGGGGUCAGGGAUUAUAUGAAAAAGUUUGCUAAAUUUUACAAUAAACCAAAGCCUGAUAACUUCCUA